GGCCCCGCCCCCUCCUCGCCACCCCGCCCCCGCCGCCCUGCCCUGCCCCGCCCCUAGGCGGUUGCUGGCGGCGGCCGCCACCCUCCCUCGACCCAAUGGCGCGGCUGCGGCGUCAGUAAUGUGAAGCAGUGAACUGGCUUGUCCGGCCCCCGGGCCUGCAGCCCAUUACACCAUCCGCCGCGGCAGCUGCUGCAACGCGAACGACCUGGGAGGGAGGGUGCAGACGGCUCCGCGGGGCGGGGCGGAGCGAUCAGCGCGGCCGGAUUCAUUCCUGUGGGGCGCGGGGCAUGGAGGAGCUGUGCGGCCGCAGGCGGAGUAGGGCAUCCCAAGCGACGGGGACAACGGUUUCCAUUUGAAGGGGCGGCCGGAACCGGAGCAGCCGACUGCGGGAGGACCAGCCCCGGGGCAGUUUGGUGCUCUGCUUCUCCGAUGUUGGAAUGCGAUAGGACAGAACAUUCUCUCUGGGUUUUAUAUCCGUUCUGGAUCUCAGUGACUAACGUUGAACUUUGGCUCCUGUUACUUGCCUGCGUGUAGAGUUAAGCUGGAGCUUUGCUUUGAACGAUAAAUAAAGCUUAGCCUCGACUGGACAUAAAUGGAUCUAAAGACAGCGGUGUUCAACGCAGCGCGCGAUGGCAAACUCCGGCUCCUCACCAAGUUGCUGGCCAGCAAAUCUAAAGCGGAGGUUUCCUCCUUGAUCUCGGAAAAAACAAAUGGGGCCACCCCACUCUUGAUGGCUGCUAGGUAUGGGCACCUCGACAUGGUAGAAUUCCUUCUAGAGCAGUGCAGUGCUUCCAUAGAAGUCGGGGGCUCUGUCAAUUUUGACGGGGAAACCAUCGAGGGGGCCCCCCCUUUAUGGGCAGCUUCUGCAGCAGGGCAUCUGAAGGUUGUCCAGUCUUUGUUAAAUCAUGGAGCAUCUGUCAACAACACGACUUUAACCAACUCAACUCCUCUUCGUGCUGCGUGCUUCGAUGGCCACUUGGAAAUAGUGAAGUAUCUUGUAGAACACAAAGCCGAUUUGGAAGUGUCCAACCGACACGGGCAUACGUGCUUGAUGAUUUCCUGCUACAAAGGACACAAAGAGAUCGCUCAGUAUUUACUUGAAAAGGGGGCAGAUGUUAAUAGAAAAAGUGUUAAAGGCAAUACUGCAUUGCAUGAUUGUGCAGAGUCUGGAAGCUUGGACAUCAUGAAGAUGCUGCUUAUGUAUUGUGCCAAGAUGGAAAAAGAUGGCUACGGAAUGACUCCUCUUCUCUCUGCAAGUGUGACUGGUCACACUAACAUUGUGGAUUUUCUUACACACCAUGCCCAGACAAGCAAGACAGAACGUAUUAAUGCUCUAGAGCUUCUGGGAGCUACGUUUGUAGAUAAAAAAAGAGAUUUACUUGGGGCUUUGAAAUACUGGAAAAAGGCAAUGAACAUGAGGUACAGUGAUAGGACUAAUAUAAUUAGUAAACCAGUUCCACAGACACUAAUAAUGGCUUAUGAUUAUGCCAAGGAGGUAAACAGUGCAGAAGAGUUAGAAGGUCUUAUUGCUGAUCCUGAUGAGAUGAGAAUGCAAGCGCUGUUAAUUAGGGAACGGAUUCUUGGUCCUUCUCAUCCCGAUACCUCUUACUACAUUAGAUAUAGGGGUGCUGUCUACGCUGACUCUGGAAAUUUUAAGCGUUGCAUCAACCUAUGGAAGUAUGCUUUGGAUAUGCAGCAGAGCAAUUUGGACCCUUUAAGCCCAAUGACUGCCAGCAGCUUACUGUCUUUUGCAGAACUGUUCUCCUUUAUGCUACAGGACAGGGCUAAAGGCUUGCUGGGUACUACUGUUACAUUUGAUGAUCUCAUGGGCAUACUGUGCAAAAGUGUCCUUGAAAUUGAGCGAGCUAUCAAACAAACUCAGUGUCCAGCUGACCCAUUGCAGUUAAAUAAGGCUCUUUCCAUCAUUUUGCAUUUAAUUUGCUUAUUAGAAAAAGUUCCUUGUACUGUAGAACAAGAUCAUUUCAAAAAGCAGACCAUCUACAGGUUUCUUAAGCUGCAUCCAAGAGGAAAGAAUAACUUCAGCCCUCUGCAUCUGGCUGUGGACAAGAAUACUACAUGUGUAGGGCGGUACCCUGUUUGUAAGUUCCCAUCUCUGCAAGUUACUGCGAUACUGAUAGAAUGUGGUGCUGAUGUGAAUGUCAGAGACUCUGAUGACAACAGUCCCCUACAUAUCGCUGCUCUGAACAACCAUCCAGACAUCAUGAAUCUCCUUAUUAAAUCAGGUGCACAUUUUGAUGCCACAAACUUACACAAACAGACUGCUAGUGACUUGCUGGAUGAGAAGGAGAUAGCUAAAAAUUUGAUCCAGCCCAUAAAUCAUACCACAUUGCAGUGUCUUGCUGCUCGUGUCAUCGUGAAUCAUAGAAUCCAUUACAAAGGGAACAUCCCAGAAAAGCUAGAGACCUUUGUUUCACUUCAUAGAUGAUAAUUCGAUUGUGCUUCAGCACUGUUAAAGCACGAAUUGGGAACAGUUGUGUCAUAAGUGAGCACUGUUGUGAUAACACCAGCAUUCAUUUAGCUUGAUAUCAUUGUGCUCUCAUUGGCUAAAGCAUUGUAAGCAUCAAAUUUGCAGGAUUGGUUUCCCAGUAUUUAAUAUAAAUAUACCAUAUAAUAUAUUGUUGUGAAUUAUUGAGAAAUGUAAUGUCAUAUUCAGAUUUCUAAAAUUGUCUGCCAAAGGC